CUGCAGUAUCCUUUGCGCCUUCCGUUUCCGGGCGGCCGGUUGCCGUGGCAACCAGCGCGCCCCAGCGCCGCGGCGGCGGGCAUGGCCGGGCUGGGCGGCGCGCACGUCCCCGAUGGCGAGUUCACCGCCGUCGUGUACCGGCUCCUCCGCGACGCCCGCUACGCCGAGGCGGUGCAGCUGCUGGGCGCCGAGCUGCAGCGGAGCCCGAGGAGCCGCGCCGGCCUGUCGCUGCUCGGCUACUGCUACUACCGCCUGCAGGAGUUCGCGCUGGCCGCCGAGUGCUAUGAGCAGCUGGGCCAGCUGCACCCGGAGCUCGAGCAGUACCGCCUGUACCAGGCCCAGGCCCUGUACAAGGCCUGCCUGUACCCGGAGGCCACCCGCGUGGCCUUCCUGCUGCUGGACAACCCCGCCUACCACGGCCGGGUCCUCCGCCUGCAGGCCGCCAUCAAGUACAGCGAGGGCGACCUGCCCGGGGCCAAGAGCCUGGUGGAGCAGCUGCUGAGCGCGGAAGGCGGGGACGACAGCGGGGGCGAUGGCGAGCCCGACGGCCAGGUCAACCUGGGCUGUUUGCUCUACAAGGAGGGACAGUACGAAGCCGCGUGCUCCAAGUUCUUCGCGGCGCUGCAGGCCUCGGGCUACCGGCCCGACCUGUCCUACAACCUGGCCUUGGCCUAUUACAGCCGCCGGCAGUACGCCCCGGCGCUCAAGUACAUCGCCGACAUCAUCGAGCGUGGCAUCCGCCAGCACCCGGAGCUCGGUGUGGGCAUGACCACCGAGGGCAUUGAUGUCCGAAGCGUUGGCAACACCUUAGUGCUUCACCAGACCGCCCUGGUCGAGGCCUUCAACCUCAAGGCCGCCAUAGAGUACCAACUGAGAAACUAUGAGGCGGCCCAGGAGGCCCUCACGGACAUGCCACCGAGGUCAGAAGAAGAGUUAGACCCCGUGACCCUGCACAACCAGGCGCUGAUGAACAUGGACACCAGGCCUACGGAAGGGUUUGAAAAGCUACAGUUUCUGCUCCAGCAGAACCCCUUCCCCCCAGAGACCUUUGGCAACCUGCUGCUGCUCUACUGUAAGUAUGAGUAUUUUGACCUGGCGGCCGAUGUCCUGGCAGAGAAUGCCCAUUUGACCUACAGGCUCCUCACCCCCUAUCUCUAUGACUUCUUGGAUGCCAUGAUCACCUGCCAGACGGCUCCGGAAGAGGCUUUCGUUAAGCUUGAUGGGCUGGCAGGGAUGCUGACUGAACAGCUCCGGAGACUCACCAUCCAAGUACAGGAAGCAAGACACAAUAGAGACGAUGAAGCUGUCAAGAAGGCAGUGAAUGAGUAUGACGACACCCUGGAGAAGUACAUCCCCGUGUUGAUGGCCCAGGCAAAGAUCUACUGGAACCUUGAGAAUUAUCCAAUGGUGGAAAAGAUCUUCCGCAAAUCUGUGGAAUUCUGUAAUGACCACGAUGUGUGGAAGCUGAACGUGGCUCACGUCCUGUUCAUGCAGGAAAACAAAUACAAAGAAGCCAUCGGUUUCUAUGAGCCCAUAGUCAAGAAGCAUUAUGACAACAUCUUGAAUGUCAGUGCUAUCGUGCUGGCUAACCUGUGUGUUUCGUACAUUAUGACAAGUCAGAAUGAAGAAGCUGAGGAGUUGAUGAGAAAGAUUGAGGAGGAAGAGCAGCUGUCCUACGAUGACCCCGAUAAGAAAAUCUACCAUCUCUGCAUUGUGAAUUUGGUGAUAGGGACACUCUAUUGUGCCAAAGGAAAUUAUGACUUUGGUAUUUCUCGGGUUAUCAAAAGCCUGGAACCUUAUCAUAAGAAACUGGGAACUGACACCUGGUAUUAUGCCAAAAGAUGCUUCCUGUCCUUAUUAGAAAACAUGUCAAAACAUACGAUCAUGCUCCGUGACAGUGUUAUUCAAGAAUGUGUCCAGUUUCUAGAACAAUGUGAACUUUAUGGCAGAAACAUACCUGCUGUUAUUGAACAACCCCUAGAAGAAGAAAGAAUGCACACUGGAAAGAAUACAGUCACAUACGAGUCCAGACAGUUAAAGGCUUUGAUUUAUGAGAUUAUAGGAUGGAAUAUAUAGUUAUGUCUGAUAGAAUAUCUUUUAUCAUAAUACCUUUAUAUAUAUUUUGUGGUUUUAUCUAUAUUUAGCUAUAGAUAUUUAUAUUUAUCAUCUUUACAUUUGUCACAUGUUAAACUGUAUAUUUGAAAAGUCAUAUUAAUUAAAUAAUCUUAUUGUAACUUUUGACACCUAGAAUAAUAUAUGAAAAAUCAAUACUGAUUGGGACUCUGAGUUUGUUAGAACUUGUAGUGCCUUUUUCUUCUUUGUUAUCAUAUGUGUCUGGUUGUAUUUAGAGUCCCCUGCACAUGGAUUAUAAUUUCCAGGGGCUUGGCACUAUCAAAACCCAGAACAGAGCAGUUAACAUGUAGGAUUUCUAGACUUUUACUGUUAAGUUUUAGGGAUUGUGUGUUCCUUUCUCACAAUUUACUCUUUAAUUUGGAAUAUACACACAUCUUGCAUAGAGUUUAAGAUGUUUUGGCAGGGUUUUUCAAUAUAGAUGUAACACUUUCUGUAACCAAAAUUCCUUAGGUGAUAAAUGUUUGGGUUUCUUUUUCUGUUUUUUUUUUUUUUUUUAAGGUACAAAUUUAGAGGGAUAUCUUGUGCCCUUAAUAUUAUGGUACUAUAGUAUAGAGACAAUAAACAA